GUUCUGGAGGUGCCGGGGCGGGGACCGCGUGGCCACGGCCUCACGGCCGCAGAGCGCCCGCUGUGCGGCUGCUGAGCGGGCAGACGGUGGACAGCGGAGAGAUGUGGACGGACGGCGAGCCCACACCAUCCCUGGAAGCUCGCGAGAGCUCGUCCCGGAGGCUCCCGCAGUCCCCGGCGGUCCCGCCACUUCCGGUUCCGGCGCGUCCGUUUUGCGUCGCGGAGUUUGACCCCCGCGCCGCGCCGUCGCCGCGCCCCGCGCUGCCAUGGCGGCAGCCCCGCCGAUCUCCAAGGCCGAGUACCUGAAGCGCUACUUGUCCCGGGCCGAUGCCGGCGGCCACGCGGGUUCCGAGUCCAUUCUCAAGCGUCGCAAAAAGCGGCCCAAGCCUGGCGGUGCCGGCGGCAAGGGAAUGCGGAUUGUGGACGAUGAUGUGAGCUGGACAUCUAUCUCCACCACUAAACCCGAAAAGGAGGAAGAGGAAGAUGAUGGCGAUUUGCCUGUGGUGGCUGAGUUUGUGGAUGAGCGGCCAGAAGAGGUAAAGCAGAUGGAAACCUUUCGUUCCAGUGCCAAAUGGAAGCUUCUGGGAGGCCACAGUGAGGAUCUACCUUCACACAGGCAUUCCCGCCAUGACUCCCCGGAUCCUUCACCUAGGAGGGUCCGCCAUGACUCCCCGGAUCCUUCACCUAGGAAGGUUCGCCAUGACUCCCCGGAUCCUUCACCUAGGAGGGUCCGCCAUGACUCCCCGGAUCCUUCUCCGCCUAGGAGAGUCCGCCAUGACUCCCCGGAUCCUUCUCCGCCUAGGAGAGUCCGCCAUGACUCCCCGGACCCCUCUCCACCUAGGAGAGCCCAUCAUGAUUCACCGGAUCCCUCUCUGCUCAGGAAGCAUUAUCGUCCUUCAGGUGUAUCUCCUAGAAGGGCCCGUCGUGACACACCAGAUCCAUCUCCUCCUCGGAGGGCCCAUCACAGUUCCUCAGAUAUUUCUCCGCAGAGAAAGGCCCGUAACAGCUCCCCUGACACCUCUCAACCUAGAAGGCCUCCGGAAUCCUCGGCCACAUCAAAGCUCAGGAGGGCCCGUCAUGACUUCCCUGAUUCGCCUCCUAAUGUUCCUCAUUCACUGCACAGAACCCAAAGCAGUAACGCCCCAGAAAGAGCCUCUAGCAAAACUUCUCCACACCGGAAGGGGCCAGGACCCUCUCAGCCCUCCGUCCCAAGGAGCAGCAAGUAUGAAUGUGACUUGGACCUCUCUCCGCCACGAAAAAGGCAAGCCAAAUUUCAUUAUGGAAAUAAACAGCAUGACUCUAAAGGCUCUUCACCCAGCCGUAGAAAAUUUCAUACGAGUUCGUCACCUCGAAGACGUCAGAGUCACACGUUGGGCUCUUCCUCCUACCCAGGUGACAGUCGGAAAGCCUCUGAUUCAGACCUUUCUCCUCCGCGGAGGAAACCAAGUUCAAAGCCCCAGGGUUCUGAUUCAGAUCUGUCACCUCCACGAAAUAGACCUGGGCACCACAGCUCUGAUUCUGACCUCUCUCCACCAAGGAGGAAACAGAGGGCCAAAUCCUCUGAUUCUGACCUGUCUCCACCUCGAAGGACUCAGCCUCUGGGAAAGAAGGCUGCACACAUGUACUCUGGGGCUAAAACUGGGUUGGUGUUAACUGACACACAGCGAGAGCAGCAGGAACUCCAGGAACGGGACCAAGAAGCCAUGGCAUUUGAAGCUGAAUUCCAAUAUGCUGAAACCGUAUUUCGAGAUAAGUCUGGUCGUAAGAGGAAUUUGAAACUGGAACGUUUAGAGCAAAGGCGAAGAGCAGAGAAGGACUCAAAGAGAGAUGAGCUGUAUGCCCAGUGGGGAAAAGGGCUUGUCCAGAGCCGGCAGCAGCAACAAAAUGUGGAGGAUGCAAUAAAGGAAAUGCAGAAGCCUCUGGCCCGCUAUAUUGAUGAUGAAGAUCUGGAUCGGAUGCUGAGAGAACAAGAGAGGGAGGGGGACCCCAUGGCCAACUUUAUCAAGAAGAAUAAGGCCAAGGAGAACAAGGAUAAGAAAGUGAGACCUCGCUACAGUGGCCCAGCACCUCCUCCCAACAGAUUCAAUAUCUGGCCUGGGUAUCGUUGGGAUGGAGUGGACAGAUCCAAUGGAUUUGAACAGAAGCGCUUUGCCCGGCUUGCCAGCAAGAAGGCGGUGGAGGAACUUGCCUACAAGUGGAGUGUCGAAGAUAUGUAACUUUUCUGAGGCUGUGGGGGUUCCUGGAGUUUGUGGUACUGGACACAGACCAGCCAGAUGUCUAGCUGUAAAAGCUGUCUAUGCUCAUAAUCAGGCCCGCACACCAGCACCUCUUGGAACGCUAGUUUGAACCACUUGAGAAGGAUUUCACCAUUUGGAAAGAAGAAUAUUUGAAACCUGAUGUUUGGACUGAGGCACCUGUAAUUUCUCAGGUGCCUGCACUGGCGGUUGUUGCUGGCUUUCAGAAGAAACAUUGAUUUCUAGUGUCCCAGGGUUUGUUCUUGGUUAGGUUUUUUAAUAAACAUACAUUUAUUUUUUUAAAA